AUGAACGGGGGUGGGUUCGGUUCGGUUCCAUCUUCUCAUCCAAGCCUCGGCUUCUUUCGACAUCAUCCUUGUUCCGUCCUUAAAGCCCAUCCUGGCGCCCGAGGCAUGGGGGCAUUUGCAGGAUGGGCCCGAGCAACGCCAAAGAUACAAGCUGCUAAGAACAAGGGCGGGGGGGGAACCAACAGCUUGAGCCUUGAAGAAGACGACGAGUCGACAAUCGUUCUUGCCAAUUUGCGACUGACUAGACGGCGAUAUGGCAACGCCGAAAUGCGUCUGCGAACGGGUUUUCACGCCCGGAGCAAAUGUCCCAGAAGGGUUCAACCAAUUAAGCAUCGCACGUUGGACGAAGCAAAAAAGCCUUUGCGCCGCGGCGCCCCGUAUCAGUACGUCUGGUCUGUACGAUACUUCGCAGCCUUUCACCCACCGAUUCGCGCAGUUCGUCAGGCGCUUUGA